CACGUGAAGGGAAGAUGCUUCAACACCAAAUAUUUGCAAGACGAAGAACUUUUUGGAGUUUAUCAACUAGACUAACCCCAUUUUGUGUCUGAUAAGAGUGGUUUAUCAAAACUUCAUCAAGACGAAACAAAUAGCAGAUCGAUCGAGUCGAUUAAUCUAAUUCAGAUUAGUUAUUGUCAUCUUCAUCGCAAAAUACCACGUGUGUUGCGUCAAUUCAAGGUGUUUGAUUAAAUCCGUUUAUGUUUUUUUUAUGUGAUAACAGUGAUGGUGGCCUGCUCCUUCUGUUAAAAUUGAAGCUUGCUGGCACAGAGUUGCCUUUUUUGUAAUUUACGUCCGCUUAAACAAUGUCAGAGAAGUUUGUGUUGUUUUAACGAGCCACGUUGUGCCGCACAGUCAAACUCUGUGGCACGUGUUCGGUCAAUACUAUUGCUCAGAGCGCGAUCAGGUACGCACGCGCUGAUUGCCCCGACAGCCAGGCACGAGACUUUCCGGCGGGUUAACGGAGGACCAAGAGUGGAAGAGAUGGAGUUUGAGGAGUCCGGCAUUGGGGAGGAGUGCGGGGUUUUCGGAUGUGUGGCUGCGGGAGAAUGGCCCACACAGCUGGAGGUGGCGCAGAUCUUAACUCUGGGACUUGUGGCGUUACAGCACAGGGGUCAGGAAAGUGCUGGGAUUGUCACAUGCAAUGGAGCCAGUUCACCCACAUACACAACCCACAAGGGAAUGGGAUUAGUGAGCGCUGCAUUCUCACCCGAGGCUCUACAGAAGCUGCGCUAUGGUAACCUUGGUAUUUGUCACACACGCUAUUCAACUACUGGGAUCUCAGAGCUGCAGAACUGCCAGCCCUUUGUGGUGGAUACACUGCAUGGCAGGAUUGCUGUGGCGCACAAUGGAGAGCUGGUUAAUGCUCAUGCUCUGCGGAAAAAGGUAAUGCGCCAUGGUGUUGGCCUCUCCACCAGCUCAGACAGCGAGCUCAUUACCCAGCUGCUGGCACUGACUCCCCCUAUGGAGGAGCUGGAUGCACCCGACUGGGUUGCCAGAAUUAAAAAUCUGAUGACUGAGACCCCCACAUCGUACUCGCUGUUGGUGAUGUUCAAAGAUGUUAUCUAUGCAGUGCGUGACCCUUAUGGAAAUCGUCCCCUCUGCAUUGGCCGGCUUGUUCCCAUCUCCAAACUCCAUAGUUCAGGUCCUGGAGAGGAGGACACUGAGGGAUGGGUUGUGUCAUCAGAGUCCUGCAGCUUCCAGUCCAUCGGUGCCAGGUAUUACAGAGAAGUGUUACCAGGAGAGAUAGUCCAGAUAUCCAAGCAUGGAGUCAAGUCUCUGAGUGUUGUCCCCCGUCCUGAAGGAGACCUCCCUGCCUUCUGCAUAUUUGAAUAUGUUUACUUUGCCAGACCAGACUCUAUUUUUGAAGGGCAGAUGGUCUAUACUGUCAGGCAGCGCUGUGGGCGGCAGUUAGCCAUUGAGGCUCCAACAGACGCAGACGUGGUCAGCACUGUGCCAGAGUCUGCAACCCCUGCUGCGCUGGGAUACGCUCAGCAGUCUGGGCUGCCGUACAUCGAGGUCCUGUGUAAGAACCGCUACGUUGGGAGAACAUUUAUUCAACCAAAUACCCGCUUGAGGCAGUUGGGGGUUGCCAAGAAGUUUGGGGCUUUGACAGACAACUUUGCUGGCAAACGAGUGGUGCUAAUUGAUGACUCCAUUGUUAGAGGCAACACCAUCUCCCCCAUUAUAAAACUGCUCAAGGAAGCUGGUGCAACAGAGGUCCACAUAAGGGUCGCCUCUCCGCCAAUCAGGUUCCCCUGCUACAUGGGCAUCAAUAUUCCAACCAAGGAGGAGCUCAUUGCCAAUAAGCCAGAGUUUCAGGACAUUGCUGGAUACAUUGGUGCUGACAGCGUUCAGUAUCUGUCUGUGGAGGGCCUGGUAUCAGCCGUCCAGGAGGGAAUCACCUCCCUUCAAAACGACAAGAUGAUCAACUCCAGCAACAAGUCCAACAAGCUAGUGGGCCACUGCACUGCCUGCCUGACGGGGAAAUAUCCAGUGGAGCUGGAGUGGUAACUGGUGGACCACUGCAACAGCCAACCAUAGCAGCAGCACUGUGGAUUUCCCGCAAGCUCCGGAAGCUGAUAGACAUAAAUGAAAUAUUCUCUGUAGACUGGAAAACAAUUGGUCGGGCAUCUCUAUACUGUUAUCUGAGACGCUAUGAUAAAUUCACAACAGCAGGAUGUGCUUUCUUUUAGGGUCUUUAUCCUGCUCAGAUUGUUUGACUCAGGUUAGAAAAUGUUGAUGACAUCUAGUGGUUGCAGUCGCACUUUGCUGCAGGGAUGUUGAAAUCUGAGUUUACUACAUCUUGAUGUGAUGUGAUUACAAGUCACAUGGGAUAGCACAGCACUGAUGCUUUUGUUUUCGAAGGUCACCAUGUAAAUGUUUUUUCUUCUUCAGAUAGCUACGUUUACUUUCCACACCUUAACACAACAGGUGCAUUACAUUAUUUGCCACAAAGCAAAUCGCACAAGGCUAAUGACCAAAAAGUGAAAUUGCCUUUAUGAAGUGUACUUUUCUACUUUUACUUUACAUUAACCAUUAUACUUUCUUGUUUGGAAUCACACUGUUGGAUAUUGUUUUAACAUUACAUGAAUAUAUUUGAAAAGUUAAAUAAUAAACAGAAUAGCUGCAAUGUGAA